UAAAAAUGAAAGGAAAGGAAACAGAGCAGGGUUUUAGAGGGUUUUAAUCUUUUGACAACAAACGUCUUCCCUUCCCUCUGUCUCUGUGUUAAGUCUUGACAACUAGAACUCUUCAACAAGCCAUCGGCCAUGGGCGUUGCACAAGACUCCUCGGCCGACCCUCCAAAGAACAACAAGCAAAAGUCUAAUGAUGGAAAGCAAAUUCUUCAUUCGGCCAUUGAUAAGGAAUUCCUCGCCGCUCCUAUCAAAUCUGCCACGGACAAAUUCGCACUUCUGCCGGAGUUUCUUAAGGUGAGAGGGCUGGUAAAGCAACAUUUGGACUCGUUUAAUUACUUUGUGAACACGGGAAUCAAGAAAAUUGUUCGUGCCAAUGAUCGGAUUGUGUCUGGCGUCGAUCCAAGUAUUUAUCUCAGGUUUAAAGAUAUUUCUAUUGGUGAGCCCUCGCUUACAAUGGAUGGUGUCACUGAAAAGAUUGCUCCCCAUACAUGCCGCUUAUCUGAUAUGACGUAUUCUGCUCCAAUAAAAGUCGAUGUAGAGUACAUUCAAGGAAGUCAUGAUCAAAAGACUAGAGUGGAGAAGAAAGGUGUCGUAAUCGGAAGGAUGCCUAUUAUGCUACGGAGUUGCUCCUGCAUCCUAUAUGGGAAAACCGAAUCUGAACUUGCCAAACUUGGUGAGUGCCCCCUCGACCCUGGAGGAUACUUCAUAAUCAAGGGAAAUGAGAAGGUGCUUUUAAUGCAGGAACAACUUUCAAAAAACAGGAUUAUCAUUGAUAUGGACAAGAAGGGGAAUUUAAAUGCAUCUGUUACGAGCAGCUCAGAGAGAAUAAAAAGCAAAACUAUUAUUCAGAUGGAAAAUCAGAAGAUCUAUUUGAUGCUUAACCAGUUUGUCAAAAAGAUUCCUAUUAUGGUGGUCAUGAAGGCUAUGGGAAUGGAGAGUGAUCAAGAAGUAGUACAGAUGGUUGGAAGAGAUCCUCGAUAUGCUGCCCUGCUAAUGCCAUCUAUUGAGGAUUGUGCAAAGGAAGGUAUACAUAAGCAAGAGCAAGCUUUGGCCUACCUUGAAACAAAGGUGAAGAGGUUCAGUUUUGCUGGUGCUUCAUCUGAGAAUGACGGUAGAGUAAUGACUGUUCUUCAAGAUGUGUUUCUUGCUAAUGUUGAGGUGUGUCAGGACAAUUUUCGUCCAAAAUGCAUAUAUGUUGCUGUCAUGUUGAGAAGGAUAAUGGAUGCAAUUUUAAACAAGGAUGCAAUGGAUGACAAGGAUUAUGUUGGGAACAAGCGGAUUGAGUUAUCUGGCCAAUUAAUUUCUCUUUUGUUUGAGGAUCUGUUCAAGACAAUGAUUGCUGAAGUUAAGAAGGCUGUAGACAACAUAUUAACAAAGCCUAGCAGGUCUAGCCGUUUUGACUUUGCACAGUGCAUAAUUAAAGACAGUAUUACCCAUGGCCUUGAAAGAACCCUAUCUACCGGAAACUUCAAUAUCAAACGGUUCAAGAUGGACAGUAAAGGAAUGACACAGGUGUUAGCGAGGUUAUCUUUUAUAGGGUGUCUAGGCCAUAUGACCAGAAUCAAGCCGCAAUUUGAGAAGACACGGAAAGUAAGUGGACCUAGGGCUUUACAACCUAGCCAGUGGGGCAUGCUUUGCCCUUGUGAUACUCCAGAAGGUGAACCUUGCGGACUGAUAAAAAACUUGGCCCUGAUGACUCAUGUGACAACUGAUGAAGAGGAGAGCCCGUUAAUUUCUCUGUGCUACUGUUUGGGUGUUGAAGGCUUGGAAGUACUAUCAGGAGAGGAGCUUCACACACCAUAUUCUUUUCUAGUUUUGUUCAACGGAAACAUCCUUGGAAAGCAUAGGAAGCCACAGCAUUUUGCUGCUGCAAUGAGAAAGUUGCGCAGAGCUGGGAAAAUUGGGGAGUUUGUAAGUGUUUUUGUCAAUGAAAAACAGCAUUGUGUUUACAUUGCUUCUGAUGGUGGUCGAGUUUGUCGUCCGCUAGUUAUUGCUGAUAAGGGCAUAUCAAGGGUCAAAGAACAUCAUAUGCUGGAGUUGAAGGCUGGAGUCCGCACAUUUGAUGAUUUUUUAAGUGAUGGGUUGAUCGAGUAUCUUGAUGUUAAUGAGGAGAACAAUUCUUUGAUUGCUCUAUAUGAAGAGGAGGCAACAACGGAAACAACACAUAUCGAAAUAGAGCCUUUAACCCUCUUAGGUGUUAUUGCUGGUCUAAUUCCAUAUCCUCACCACAACCAGUCUCCUAGAAAUACGUACCAGUGUGCAAUGGGAAAGCAAGCAAUGGGAAAUAUUGCAUAUAACCAGCUCCAUCGAAUGGACUCAUUGCUUUACCUUCUGGUGUAUCCUCAACGGCCAUUGUUGACAACAAAGACCAUUGAGUUGGUGGGCUAUGAUAAACUUGGAGCUGGGCAGAAUGCAACUGUUGCUGUGAUGAGUUAUAGUGGCUACGACAUAGAAGACGCAAUAGUCAUGAACAAGGCAUCUUUGGAUCGUGGUUUUGGUCGUUGUAUUCAUAUGAAAAGGUAUUGCGCAGUGAAUCAAAAAUAUGAUAAUAACACACAAGACAGAAUACUGAGGCCCAAUAGAGAUGGUUUUGAUUCUGGACCAAUGCGGGUGCUGGAUGAUGAUGGGCUUGCUGCACCUGGGGAAAUUAUUAGACGAAAUGACAUCUUAAUAAAUAAACAGGUCCCUAUUGUCACAAGGGGGCAAUUUAAAUCAGCAUUAAAUGAUAGCGAGUUUAAGUCUGUUCCACAAAGAUAUGAUGGGCCUCAAGGGGAAUCAUGUGUGGUCGAUAAAGUGGCUCUUUGUUCUGAUAAACAUAAUAACUUAUGUUUCAAAUUCUUAAUUCGUCAUACUCGCAGACCAGAGGUUGGUGAUAAGUUUAGUAGCAGACAUGGACAGAAAGGUGUUUGUGGCACCAUUGUCCAGCAGGAAGAUUUCCCGUUUUCUGAGCGUGGCAUUUGCCCUGAUUUAAUUAUGAAUCCUCAUGGGUUUCCAAGUCGAAUGACUGUAGGCAAGAUGAUAGAGCUUCUUGGGGGUAAAGCAGGAGUGUCGUGUGGCAGGUUUCACUAUGGCAGUGCGUUUGGUGAACCAGGUGGUCAUGCAGACAAGGUUGAAGCUAUAAGUGAAACCCUCGUGAGGAUGGGAUUUAGCUACGAUGGCAAGGACUUUAUAUACUCAGGUAUAACAGGUUGCCCAUUACAGGCAUAUAUAUUCAUGGGACCAAUUUACUAUCAGAAGUUAAAACAUAUGGUCCUAGAUAAAAUGCAUGCACGAGGAAGCGGUCCCCGAGUCAGUCUAACUAGACAACCUACUGAGGGAAAAGCCCGAAAUGGAGGACUACGAGUGGGAGAAAUGGAGCGUGAUUGUUUGAUUGCUUAUGGUGCUAGUAUGUUGCUUUAUGAACGCCUAAUGAUCUCUAGUGAUCCUUUUGAAGUUCAGGUUUGCAGAGUGUGUGGUUUGUUGGGCUAUUACAACCAUAAGCUGAAAACUGGAAUUUGUUCCUCAUGUAAAAAUGGGGAUAAUAUUUCCACCAUGAAGCUUCCCUAUGCUUGCAAGCUCUUGAUUCAGGAACUUCAAUCAAUGAACAUAGUUCCUCGGUUAAAACUAGCUGAGGCAUGAAGUAUGGCUUUUCUUGAUAGCACCGAGUCGACAAACUGAAAGUGAGAUUUGAUUUUGCGGUUUUCCAUACUACUGAUUCUAUUCUAAAGAUUCAUACCGAAAAAUGAAAAAGGCUCCAUUCUAAAGCCAGCUAGCCGUCAGAUGUGGAAACGCGCAUAAUGCGGUACAAGGAUGGGCAUGGUGAAGAGGGAUGGCACAAGGUUUUCUCUGCCCCGCUUAUACAUUUUCGUUGCUGCUUAGAGAGCCAGGAAGUAUGUGCCGUAUACUUUGUUCUUCUCAAAUGGAAACAACUUGUAUCUCUCAAUGUAUACAUUUGUUUCUUCUAAAUAAUAUAUCAUUUAUUCUAGAAAGAGCUUUGGCGCC